CGAAUGAAUCUGGCGAAUGAACAUGAUACGCGAAUCGUUCCUGUUCAUCUGGAUACUCGUCGCUGGCAUAAAAUGCGACGCGCGUGCGAGAUACAGAAAGGAUUUGAACAGCGAUUUGGAUGGGGCGUUUAACUUUUUUGAGGAAAUCAAAUCGAACUACGCAGGUUCGAAAAGUUCGUUGAACGAAGAUGAGCUCGCGAAGAUCGAUCGAGAGAUCACGGAAUACGUUCGAAAGGCGUCCAACAUUGUUUCUAAUCGACGCAGAAGACAAUCGACGUCGUCGAACGCAGCAGGAAUCAACGUGCUCGAUGGAUUCGUUGACAUUGCCAGAUUCGAUCACGAUGGAAUGCGGGACAUGGAACUGUUUUCUCUUGGACACGAGGACGCGGUCUGGUUCGCCGCUGUAUUGGACGAUCGCAAAGUAUCCGUGCACCGGAUAACGAUGAACGAGGAAAGUUUAAACGCAGAAGUGGCCAGUUACCCCGUGACGAACGGAACGCGGUUCGUCGUAAACGGUUGCGCCUGCGGUGCCCUCCUGAUAAUUGAACAUCGAAACGGAUCCGUUCUCGUGUUGAACUUCACCAAAGUACCGAACGAUGCCGACGACGAUGAUUACGCUCUACGUGCGAGCGAUCAGGAUCUCGAAUUGAACUCGACGACCGAUUUGGCGAUUUGGAACGGUAUAGGUAUGAAUCAGUUAUACCUGGGCAUCGCUACUCGCAGCAACGUCUCCGUUUACACGUGGCUCGGCAAGUACUUCGACCCGACUCAGGUGAUCGGUCAAGGAGCCAAGAAAUUGAUUCCUUUUCGAAGCAGGGGCUCGAUGCACUUGGCGGUGAUCACCGCCGACUCUGCCGCCACUCUGAUCUUCAGGCACUUCCUCGAGUCGAACCAGUUUCUGUUAAUUCAACGAUUGCCAUCGAGCCGGGACGCGUCUUUCUUCGAAUUUCAAUUUAAACACGGCCGCUUCGCGGAUCGUUUUCUCUGCUUGUCCACAGAAUCCUCAAGUAUCGUUUACAAGCAGACGCACGAUCGAUUCGUGCCGUUUCAACGAAUUCCGCUAUACGUUCGGUUUAUCGUACCGAUCGUUUCGAUCCCGCGGAAAACAGUACUGCUGUUUGGCAUACGCGAAGCCGCGAUGACAGUGGCUUAUCAGUACGACGGCUGGAGAUUCGUACGGUCUAAUUCGUCAACACUCGCGGUCGAUCAGUUUCGGCCGGUAUACGACCUGCACGGAAACGAAUUGUUGCUGUUGACCGAGUCGGGAGAUAAUGGACAGUGGACGUUGAAACGACCGGUAUGGGUCCGAAGGAACUCGUACGAGAACUUUCGAGACGAAGCGAAACGAUGGAUCGUCGAGGCGAACACCAGAGCUCGAAGAACGAUAGUAAUUGGAAACACGCGGCAACCCGUACGAAUUUCGAAAGGUCGCAUCGGUCGAUUACGCGCUACAAACGUGGACGACUCGCAGAAAUUGGUGAACGUUUCGAGAGAGUACGAAAAGCUGAUCUCGAAAUUCGAACAGCGAUCAGAUCAUUCGCCGAGGGGGACUCUGACGAUCGAUUCGGUACGCGCGCAAAAGAUUCGAGCGAAAUGCGAAAGCAAUUGCAACGCGAAUCGAUUGUACGGAGAGAAUCUGCGUGGAAUUGGGAAAAUGUCCAAAUCGAGAACGAAAACGUCGUCGAAUUACCAUCGACUAUUAAACGUCGGAGAAGUGAAAGAAUGGAAAUGCCCGUUCAUGAGCCUUCCGAUGAUGGAUGACGUGAACGUUCGCGGAUCGAUCAACGGAGUGCUCUUGAACGAUCUGCAGGAUCGCGCCUUCAAAGUGGUCGGCGAUCAGAGAGUUUCCGGGGAGCACGUGUUCGCCAAUCUGAAUGCCACGGACGUCUACGCACCGCUGAACAUCGCCGUGAACUUUACGAGCCAACGAUUGAUAGUGAAACACGCGGAAGCGAAACGUUUGAAAUUGACUACGGCCUACGGACUUUUAUUGCCGUUAAAUGGUAGUUCCUCGACGAUCACCGGUUCCAUCGAAACCGAUCAAGUGACGGUGGAUCGUAUCAGGUUGAACGGAAAACCGAUCGGUCAUGGAACGAGACGGCUGCGACCUGUAAUAGUCGUCGACGAAUCCAUGUUGCUCAACGAUAAUUUCACUACGGAAAACGUCAAAAUCGAAAAUUUAGCUGUCGCGAGAUUGAUCGACGAGAAAUCGGGGGGAUCGGUCGAGACAGUCUUCGAGAACGCGAUAUCUUUGCGGGACGAUCGUGUUCCGGUCUCCUUGAUUUUCUCGAGCAAAAAGACGAAAUGGAGCAACGUCGUCGUCGUCGGCGGCCGCGGCGGGCCAUGGGUGGCCCGGAACUCCUCACGAAACUCUGCUGCGAUCGGAACUGUAUCGGGCAAAAAGCACUUUCCGCGGGACGUGGAGAUCAGCAAGUUCUCACGCUACUUUCCUAAGAUUCGCGCAAACCUCUGCGGCAACUAUGUAAUCGCCCCGGAGAUCGAGACUAUGUUGGCGAUAACGAACGGCACCGUGAACAACGUAACCGGUACCCGCGCGUUUGGGAGAUUGGACGAGAGACAUUCGGUCUCGUCUUUUAAUUUCGUCUUUCCAGGCUCAGAACGACGUCGCAACGUUACCGCGACGAACGUGCUCGCGACGCGUGUCGACGGUAUGAUCCAGGAAACGAAGGAGCUCGGAAACUUAUGGUUCGAUCGUGACUCGUUGCUUGUCGACGCAUCGUCGUUCGACGCGAUGGAAUUAACGGGAAAUUCGCUUCUCUCACCCGUUCGGCUUAACGUCGAACUGACCGCCGGAACGAUAAGGGCAAGGAGGACGAUGUCCGAGAAGAACGGCAGCGUUCGCAUCGUGAACGAGAUCGACUUGAACGAUUUCUCGGUGAACGCUAUCAAAAUUGAACAAAUGAUAUCGUUGGCGAACGUAAAGUUUCGCGAUGGUUUCAACGCCGGGUGCGUACAUGUGUUUCGUCGAUCGUCAUACACGAACGAUAUCGUUACCACCACCAGCACCAAUACCGACGCUCGACAUCGUCUCGGUAGGAAGAACGUUCUCGGACACGUCGAAACUAAUGCGAUAAACGCGCCGCAGCGAUCUUUCCAAAUUACGCCGUCGAAUCGGUCACCGAUCAAGGCGAUCGUCCAGGGAUCCGCGCGGUUCUCGCGCGAGCCGCGAAUAAAAACCACGAACGAUGUCCUACUCGACGAACGUCAGUUCGGAAGGAUUUGGUUGACGACGGACGACGGCGCGGUGGUGUUUCGCGGUGCCCGGUUACAUUUUCGAGACGCGGUCAGAUUGGGAAACGCGUUCGCCGCACCCGGGUCGCCAGCGAGUACGGUAUAUGAUCCGGAAACGUGGAAAAACGUAUCGAGACGCGUUUUCAGCAGAACGAGAUCGCAGGAGAUACGGGUCGGCGCGUUCCUAAAACAUGUCCGAGCUCGAACCGUCGUCGCGGCUUCGAACGAUUCGACGAUGAAAUGUUCGUCGACGGAUUUCGGCGACGAGUUCGAGAAUUCACUGUUGAAGAACGUCGAUCGAGAAGUGUGGGCGAAGUGGACGUUCGAUGAGAUAAACGUGACGGAAGCAUUGUACGUGGCGGGAAACGCGAUAAACGAUCUCGAUCUCGGGAACGAUGUUGCGAGAUACGAUUCGCAAGAGAACGCGUUCAGCGGAAAGAAAACGGUGUUGACCGUGACCGCGGAAAAUUUUCACGGAUACAACUUGCAAGAAUGGUUCGCGAACGCCUUGCCCACCGGAACGAAACGAGUGUCGACGCUGAUCGAGGGGAGCAAAACAUUCAAAGGCUCCGCUUGUUUCGACGCCGGUGUAACCGUUACGACGGCGGGCAUUAUCAGCGUCGACGACUCGUUACUGUCAAAAUCCGCGAAUCAAACGAUUUACGGUCGAAAAGAGAUUCGCGGUUUCCUCGAUGCUUCCGAGCUCAUCGCCAACGGUUUGGUCAACGAGGUGAACCUGACCGAACUGACGAAUCGUCAGUUAAAGAAGGGCGGCUUCGAAGACGACGACGACGACGACGACGACGACCACCACCACCACCACCACCACGAGCGUCGUCUUCGAAGAAUAAAGACGAGUAUCGAGUUCCGAAAUGGCCUGAGCAUCGUCAACGGAGGCCUCACGAUCAACGGCCGUUACGCGAACGCGGAAACGAGCAACUUGUACGCGAGUUAUACGAACCAAGCUUCACCGAUCGUUCACGCGAUCGAAAAGUUGUAUCUCACAGCGGAAACGAUUGUCGCAGCCUUCGCCAACAGGGCAAUGUAUCUGAGCAAAUUAGAGAUCGUAAAGGAUGCAGCGACUCUCAACGUUUCCGGACUGCCUACUACCCUCGAAGGGAUACGAUGCGGCGAAGCUACCCACUUUUCUACGCGCUGCAAACCGAUAACGGAUUUCGGUUUUCGAACCAGCGACGACUUUGUGCUACUGAGAUCGAGCGUUGUAAACGGGGAGGAAUUCAUCGUUCUCGUGAAACAGAAUUCAGUUUCUAUAUUCUCGUCGGCGGACGGCGGUCCGCCAAUCCAUUCGAGAGUACCCAUCCUAGACUUGCACAUAUCGAGAAUAAUGGAUGCUUUCCUGGAAGAGACGCGCCAUUCCCUCUGGAUCGUUCUCAGACUGAGUUCGCACACGCUGAUCCUGCGGUAUCGACCCUACCGGAGGGUGGUGUUGGAUAGCUACGUUCUACCAGGCUCGGACGCGUUCGCGACGAGCAGAUCACCGAACGGCCAGCUGCUAUUGGUGUCGUCGGACGGUCUGUGGAAUUUGGGAGGACUCGCGUCGCCUCGAAAUAUCGUUCGAAUUCCUUUCGAAGAAAGAAUAGAGAUCAUCCGCGUCUCGAGGUUCGAUUAUUACCUAAAAUCCAUCUCGCCUGGGAAUCGUACGACCGUGAUGAAGGCACGAUACGCUACGACGGCCAAUUAAUUUCGUUUCGACCAAGUCGAUCUUCCUGUACGCGCGUUCAUACAAUUACGCGUUACGAUGUAUUCAUAUCGUACCUGUGCAUCGGGGAGCGAAAUCGCGAGUGGAGCGUAAACGGAUUUACACGCACAAAGUUACGAACGACGAGAAACACGGAGUCAGAAGAGAAAUGAAGAAAUGAAGAAAAAAAGAGAAAUAUGAAAAAAAAUUGUUCGAGUUAUGCGAGAUCUCAACUUUUUCUUAAGUGACGCCUUACGAGACCGGAAGCCGAUGACUUCUCUCUCCCUCUCUCGAUACGUCGCGAAGACGCGAAGACGUUACGCGUGACUGCUACGAUGUUCGUCGGCUUAACGCCUGAUCGCGCCCGUUCCAGCCGCGACGGAAGAUAUGGCUAUCUGGAACGAAAGAGCGAAACGAAUUGUGUAGUAGAUACGUUCGUUCGUGCGAGAGAGAGAAGAACGAUCGAAGGAAAUAAAAGAAAAAGUGAGACACGAA